AUGGCGAUGGCGACCUCAGCGGGUCAGGCCUUGCUGCUUAUGGCGUUGGCCACUGCUGCGCUGAUGAGCACGGCGUCCGGGACAUUGCAGUACGACUUCUACAGGUCGUCGUGCCCCAAAGCUGAGGAGGCGGUCCGCAACGCCACCAUGAAUAUCAUCGCCGGCAACCCCACCAUGGGCGCCGCCUUCGUGCGCCUCUUCUUCCAUGACUGCUUUGUCAGGGGCUGCGACGCUUCCAUUUUGCUCGACCAGUCGAACAGCAACCCACAGCCGGAGAAGCUGGCCAUCCCGCUGCGCGGCUACGACGCCGUGAACACGAUCAAGGCUGCCGUGGAGGCCGUCUGCCCCGGCGUGGUCUCCUGCGCCGACGUCCUCGCGUUCGCGGCGCGCGACUCCGCCAUGGUCUCCGGCGGCUUCACGUUCGCCAUGCCCGGCGGCCGCCGCGACGGGCUCGCCUCCGACCUGAACGACAUCUUCGGGAGCAUCCCCGGCCCGUCCAUGCAGGUCCAGCAGCUCAUCGGCAGCUUCGGCGCCAAGGGCCUGAGCGCCGACGACCUGGUGGCGCUCUCCGGCGCGCACUCCUUCGGCAUCACGCACUGCUCCUUCGUCACGCCCCGGCUGUACCCCGCGGCGGACCCGACCCUGAACGGCACCCUCGCCGCCUCGCUGGUGAAGGCGUGCCCGCGGCGCGGCCCGGGCAGCACGGUGGUGAACAACAACAACGCCGUCACGGACCCGAACGUGCUGAGCAACCAGUACUACAAGAACCUGGCCACCGGGGAGGUGCUCUUCACGUCGGACCAGACGCUGACGAGCAGCGCCCCCACGGCCAAGAUGGUGCAGGACAACGCCGCCAACCCGGUCGCCUGGAUGGCGCGGUUCGCCGGGGCGUUGGUGAAGAUGGGCGGCAUCGAGGUGCUCACCGGGACCCAGGGCGAGAUCAGGAAGGUGUGCGGCGCCACCAACAGCGGCAGCUAAGGCGGCGAAGCUAGAUCAUCCUCAUCCUCCUCCUCCUCCUCCUCUUGAAUUGCAUGUUUGUGUUGCAAAUUAAUCGCAACGCAACAUAAAUUCCUUAUUGUUUCGAAUUCUUGUCACUUCUUUUUCUAUUGACUCUUGCUGCUCUUGUAACUUGAGAGGUGUAGAAUUAACGUAUUUCAAUUUAUUUUUC